AUGUCGCGGGCGCUCAAGGCUCGGCAGCGGGCGAGGCGCAAGGGCGGGGCCCGCGAGCGGCUCUUCGGCUGUGACCUGCGGGAGCACCUGCAGGGCUCGGGGCACGAUGUGCCACAGGUGCUCCAGAGCUGCUCAGAGUUCGUGGAGCAGCACGGUGUGGUGGACGGGAUCUACCGGCUCUCCGGGGUCUCCUCCAACAUCCAACGGCUGCGGCAGGAGUUCGAGGCCGGGGGGGUCCCGGAGCUGGCCCGGGACAUUUACCUGCAGGACGUGCACUGCGUGAGCUCCCUGGCCAAGGCCUAUUGCCGGGAGCUGCCCAACCCCCUCCUCACCUACCAGCUCUACGACAAGUUCGCCGACGCUGUGGCCACCCAGACGGAGGAGGCGCGGCUGGUCAAGAUCAGGGAGGUGCUCAAGGAGCUGCCGGAGCCCCACUACAGGACGCUGGAGUUCCUGAUGCGGCACCUGCUGCGCAUGGCGGGGCACAGCGCCCGCACCAACAUGCACGCGCGGAACUUGGCCAUCGUGUGGGCUCCCAACCUGCUGCGCUCGAGGGACAUCGAGGCCUCAGGGUUCAACGGCACAGCCGCGUUCAUGGAGGUUCGUGUCCAGUCCAUCGUGGUCGAGUUCAUCCUCACCCACGUGGAGCAGCUCUUUGGGGAUGCCCCCCUCGCAGGGUCAGAGUCACCCCGCCGGUCCCUGCUCGUGCCCGGGGGGUCUCUGGGGGCCGAGAAGCCCCCCCAGCUCCACGUGCCAGGGACACUGAGCCAGGGGGAUGGACCCCCCCAGAUCCGGCCCUACCACACCAUCAUCGACCUGGGCGAGCACAGGAGGAAGGGCUCCCUGAAGGCCAAGAAGUGGAGAUCCAUCUUCAACCUGGGCCGCUCCGGCCACGAGGCCAAGCGGAAGCAGGGAAAGGCCGAGGAGAAAGAGGAGAAGGGGGGGAAGGUCCCACUGCGCCCGGCCAAGAGCAUGGACUCGCUGAGCUCCGGCGGACACGCCGCCCCAGGGCUGCUCCCGAACUGCCCAGGGAAGGUCCCCCAGCGCCAGCAGAGCCUCGACCGCCCUCUGGAAUCCCCCCCGGAAUUCCCCCUGGAGCCGGAGGAGCCCCCGGAGGAGCCCCCAGCAGGCGAGAGCAGCACCAAGUCGGAGCCCACCACCCCCAAAGCCCCCCGGGCGGGGCCUGGGGGGACCCCCGGGCGCUCCCGGGCCGAGAAGUGUGCGGGGGUCCACAUUUCGGGUCCCUUCUCGGUCACCGUCCCCUUCCACAUCACCUGCAACCUGUCCCGCCUGACGAGGGGGUUGCCCUGCCCCGCGUUGCACCGGGACCCCCCCGCCAUCCCCUCAGGACCCCUCCGCGACCCCCAGAGCCACAGCGGGGAUGCGGAGGAGACGCGGCUCUCCCGGGAGCUCCGCGAUUCCUUCGCCUUCCUGGAUAGUCCCGAGGCCUGGGAUGUGGGAACAGCGGCCGAGACCCCCGGGAUCGGAGAUGGGACCCCCGGGAUGAGCCCCGAGGGGCUCCCGGCCCUGGAGGAGGGGCUGGAGAGCGGGUUCAUGAACCCAGGCGAGCCCCCCUCGGAGCAGCCGGACAGUUUCCUGUCCAUCGAGGAGUGCACGGACGAGGGGAUGGACGAGCUGUUCUUCCUGGCUCCCGCCGGCUCCGAGCGCGACAGCGACUCCGACGACCUGUUCCUGAGCGCCCACGACGAGCUCAGCCCCCUGGGGGCUUCCCUGGAGACCCCUGGGGGGCCCCCGGAGAUUCCAGAGAUCCGAGAGAUUCCAGGGACCCGGGAGAUUCCGGGGGUCCCGGCUCCCCCCGGUGCCGCGGCCCCUGACACGCCCACGGAGGAGGAUCCUCCGGGGGAAGGGAACCCCCCCCGAGACCCCCCCGGGGAUGGGGGGCGAGGGGAGGGGGCUGCGGGCGGCGCUUCCAGCCCCAGGACGGACUCCGAGGUGUGGGAGGAGGAUGGAACAGCCCGGGAAGGGGUCGUGGUUCCUGGGGCUGAAUCCCGCCCUCCCAUCCCGGAGGAGCCCCGGAGGGGCGAAUCCCAGGCUUUAAGGGCGUCCCCACAGGGAUUGUCAGCGGAGGAGCCCCCCUGGGCACCUCUGGAGCCCCCCCGGGAGCCCCCGGAGCCCCCAGUUCCCGGGUCCGUUCCCGGGGGGCCCCUCGGGGUCACCCCGAGCUCUCCCUCUCUCUCCACCUCGGCCCCGGAGCUCCACAGGGACCCCCCCAAAUCCCUGGAGCCGAGGGGGGAUGAGCUCCCCAAAAACCGGGAGCUGAGCCAAGGCGAGCCCCCCAAAAACCUGAAGCCAGUGCGGGAUGAGCCCCCCAAGAACCCAGAGCUGAGUCAGCACAAGCCCCCAGAAAUCCUGGAGUGGGUCCAGGAUGAGCCCCCCGGAGCCCCAGAGCCCCCUAAACCCCUGGAUCUGAUCGAAGAUGAGCCCCCCAAAAUCCCGGAGGUCCCCAGACUCUCAGAGCCGAUCUGGGAUGAGUCCCCCAAAAACCCAGGGCUGAGCCAGGAUGAGCCCCCCAAAAACGUGGCUCUGAUCCAUGGUGGACCCCCCAGCCCCUCGGGGACCCCCAGCUCCCUGGAGCCGACCCAGGAUGAACUCCCCAAAAGCCUGGAGCCCCCCCAAAACCUGGAUUUGAUCCAUGGUGGUCCCCCCAGCCCCCCAGUGACCCCCAGCCCCCUGGAGCCAAUCCAGGACGAGCCCCCAAACCCCUCGACCUGA